AUGGAAUCAGUGAAAAAGACAGGAUGGAAUUUGAUGGAGGAGGUGAGGCGUCUGCCUCUCUUCGAUGAAUGCCCCACCCCUUGUCAUUGGGUAGUCAUGAAUAUCAUCGCUUGGAACUGUAGGGGUGCUCUGAAGCCUGAAUUUCGAAAUCAUGUGAGGGAGUUGGUUCAGAAUCAUAACCCAGCUAUGCUUAUUGUGAUGGAAACUCGAGUAAGCGGAGACAGAGCCAAGGAGAUCACAGAUAGGCUUCCUUUUGACGAGGCCAUUCACACGAAAACUAUAGGUUUUGCUGGUGGGUUGUGGUUGUUAUGGAAUACGGAUAGAGUUGCUGUGUCUCUACUUGCCACCACAGAGCAAGAAAUUCACGUUUCGGUUAAGGUGAGACCCUCUGAUACUCAAUGCUUUUUAUCUGCGGUUUAUGCUAGUCCUAAAUUUAAUGAAAGAUGUAUUUUAUGGAAAAACCUUGUUAAUGUGGCUAGUUUGCAUAGUAGUCCCUGGAUUAUUGCAGGGGACUUUAACAAAGUUCUUGCAGAUAAUGAUAAGUUUGGGGGCAGGACAGUUAAUGCCAAUAGGUCCUUAUUAUUUAAGGAUUGUUUGGACUCCUGCAAUAUGGUGGAUUUGGGUUUCUCAGGACCAAGGUUUACUUGGUCUAAUUGCAGGGGAAUUAGAAGACUUAUCCAAGAGAGAUUGGACAGAUUUUUCGUGAACCCGGAUUGGUGCACCCUGUAUCCGAAUGCCAGAGUAUCUCAUUUAACUCAUGUGCACUCGGACCAUUGCCCUGUUCUCCUUGAUUUCGAACCAAGUGCUGACUCCAGUCUCAACAAGCCUUUUAAGUUCCAGAGUUUCUAG